CUCAACAAACAUGUUCGAAGGGCGCAGGGUGAAACAGUUCAUGUAUAUAAGACGCUGCAAGCAAGAUGCCGUCUCCGUCUUUAUUUUCCUUUGGUAACACAGCCUUCGCCGCCCUCCCCCGAUCCAGGCCGAUUGCGCGAUUAGCAUUCAGACCCUCGCGUACCAUCCUUCCUCGCCGACGUUAAGCGGUGAAAAUCAACCAGCUAAAGAUUAGCCCACAUCUUUUCUCGUAAUCACCUCUGCAUACUCCUCAGAAUCGUCGCAAUAGACUUUUCCUACGAAGUUUUUUUCGAAUAGCAUAUAGGGUGGCCUUGUCACCCCGCCAGUGGGGUUCGAGAGUGAGAGCUUGGAUUUUUCUAAUUUCAAUAUACUACUUCUUAGCCAUGACUGUCAUGGAACAAGCAAUUGAGACGCCGCCGCGCGCACCCUCACCAGUCCAUAGAUUUGGCACACUUGCGGUGCACGCUGGUUCCCCUCACGACCCGGUGACCGGCGCCGUCAUUGAACCCAUCUCGCUCUCGACGACGUUUGCUCAAACUUCGGUCGGGAAACCGGUCGGUCUUUACGAAUACACGCGCUCCUCGAACCCGAACAGGGACAACUUUGAGAAAGCCGUCGCGGCCCUCGAGCAUGCCAAAUAUGCCCUCGCAUUCGCCUCGGGAUCGUCCACCACAGCUAUAAUUCUCCAAUCGCUAGCGGCCGGCUCGCACGUCGUGUCGAUCAGCGAUGUGUACGGAGGCACGCACAGGUAUUUCACGAAAGUCGCGGCAGCGCACGGUGUGCAUGUCACCUUCAGUCCGAGCAUCGAGCUCGAAGUCUCGGAGCUGAUAAGGCCAGGCGAGACGAAAUUGAUCUGGAUCGAGACACCGAGUAACCCUACCUUGAGCCUCACAGAUAUAAGGGCCGUGGCGACAGUGGCACAUCAGCACGGGAUCAAGGUCGUCGUUGACAACACUUUCUUGAGUCCGUACGUGCAGAAUCCACUGGACCAUGGUGCAGAUAUUGUCGUUCACAGUGUCACAAAAUACAUCAAUGGACACUCGGACGUGCUCAUGGGCGUUGCUGCAUUCAACUCGGAUGCGCUGUUCGAAAGACUGAGCUUUUUGCAGAACGCAAUCGGUGCCGUGCCUUCCGCUUUUGACUGCUGGCUCGCUCAUCGCGGUUUAAAGACGUUACAUUUACGAGCAAGGGAGGCAACGGCAAAUGCUACUCUGAUCGCGCGAGCACUCCAUGCUUCGCCGAAUGUGAUCGCGGUCAACUAUCCCGGACUGCCAUCUCACCCUCAGCACAAAGUCACGCUGAAGCAGCACCGGGACGGCAUGGGAGGCGGUAUGCUCUCCUUCCGUAUAAAGGGAGGCAAGGAAGCGGCCGAGGCCUUUGUACAAUCGACUAAGAUCUUUACGCUGGCUGAAUCGUUAGGUGGCGUGGAGAGUUUGGUCGAAGUGCCCAGCUCGAUGACGCACGCUGGAAUUCCGAAAGAGUCUCGAGAGGCGGCUGGUGUAUUCGACGACCUGGUCCGCGUGAGUUGUGGCAUUGAGGACGGUGAGGAUUUAAGAGCAGAUAUUCUCCAAGCGCUGGAGAAGGCUGUAGUAGGUCCAAAGAUCACCAACGGACUGAUAAACAUGGACGCGAAGAAUGGAAACAGGCCCUCAUGAAUGGACGUGCAUGACCAAGGAAUACUAGAGUUUCUGGUGCCGAGGGCACUUUACCUUUUCGUAGGUGCAUAGUAGAACAACAUGUUGACGCUCGACGUGGAAACUUGAUAAAUAGAGGCGCGCACGGAGUUGACAUGAAUUCAUAAGGUUGAGCUCAUUCGCUAAUGACGGGCUUCAACGCAUAUUGUGAUGUAACGAGAUGCUGCAAUUUCACACAAUGAAGCAAACAAAGAAAAGUUAAACUUGUAAUGAACGUUGGUUUGCGAUGGCAAAAGACACAUAACGCCGUUCAGCG